AAGGAGAAGUAUUUUUUUGCAAUGCGCAGGAAUAAUUUUUUUUUUUUUUGCAAAAGGGGAAACAGGCUAAUCUUGCAAGAAACCCCAGGAAAUCCUGGCUUGUAGCAAACUGAGAUUUAUGGUCCUGUUUUGGUCUCUAGGAAACUGAGACGUGCGGUCCUGGUUUGUCUAGGGAAGGGCUGGGAAAAAAAACUGAUUUUUGCCUGCGUUCACACAACCCACGGGGGGAAAAAAAUCCUUACACGUGUUUGCGAGUGGAAUGCAUUUAAUAAAUGCUUUUAACUUGCGUGUCGCGGCGUGAAGAUCGUCCUUUCAACCUGCAGGAAAGAGAAAAAAAAAACAAUUUUAAGCAAGGCCAGUUAAUCCUCUAGUUUUGUGGGUGGGAUCCAUUUAUACUAAAUGGGAAUUUUUAAAAUAAUAUUGGUCUGUAAAAUGGAGUUUUCCUCUUUCCCAUUUAAUUUGGUAAAUUUUAAAAAAAUAAUAAUCUUAUCCAGGUUAUGUAAGGUUAGAUAGACCCAAAUAAACAAGCGUAUCCAAGCUGGUUAAUGUUUAUUUAUUUGGUUAUUUAUUUACCGCCUUUGUUAUUUUUAUAAGUAACUCAAAGUGGCCAAGAUACCUACUGCUCCUUCCUUCUUUUUCCCCCUAGGACAACAGCCCUGUGAGGUGGGUUGGGCUGAGGGAGAGGGACUGGCCCAAAGUCACCCAGCUUGCUUUCAUACCUAAAGCAGGACUUGAACUCACCAUCUCCUCAUGAUUGGCCCUAAGUCACCUAGCUGGCGUUCCUGUCUAACGCAAGACUAGAACUCACAGUCUCCUGGUGAUCAGCCCAAAGUCACCCAGCUGGCUUUCGUGGUGAAGGCAGGACUUGAAUUCAGGACCUCCUGAUUUCCAGCCUGAUGGCUUAAUCCCACGCAAGGAGUGGAUGAUGGUUCGAAAGCUUUUCUUAACUCAUCCUUUCAUUGAUUAGGUCUGUCGGGAGCUCCUGUCCGAAUGUCUCGCAGAAUCACCGUCUUGGUUAUUGGCGCGGGAAACCGGGGGAAAAAUUAUUCUUCAUAUGCGUUAUGUUACCCAGAACGCAUGAAGGUGAUUGGCGUGGCCGAUCCUCGGGCGCUUGUCCGUCAAACACUGCAAGAUGCGCAUAAAAUCCCGGCGGAGAAUGUCUUCGGCGAUUGGGUUGCCGCUGCGGAACGAGAAAAGUUAGCCGACGCCGUGAUUAUAGCAACUCCAGACAGACUCCAUAAGGCACCUGCUGUAGCUUUUGCCCAAAAGGGAUAUCACAUCUUGUUGGAAAAGCCUAUGGCGGUGACGGCAGAAGAUUGUAAAGAGGUCGUCCGGGCGUGCGAAAGCAAUCACGUGAUCCUUGCCGUGUGUCACGUGCUCCGUUACCAUCCGGUCACCCUGAAGAUCAAGGAAUUACUAGAUGCUGGCUUGAUCGGCGACAUCUGCCAUAUUCAACAUCUAGAACCUAUAGGGUUCUGGCAUUUCGCCCAUUCCUUCGUCCGGGGAAAUUGGAGAAACGAAACCGAAAGUUCUUUCUCUUUAUUGGCGAAAUCCUGCCACGAUUUCGACCUGAUCAAUUUUUGGAUGGGGAGUAAAAGAUGUUUACAAGUUUCCUCUUUCGGCCGCCUGUCGCAUUUCACGAAAGAGCACAAGCCUGAAGGUGCUGGCGCUCGCUGUUUGGACUGUUCAAUUGAACGGAAUUGCCCAUAUUCUGCUCGGAAAAUCUACCUGGAACGUGCAGAACAGGGUGCUUUUCAUUGGCCAGUCUCGGUGGUCUGCAGCAACGGCGGGUCUGACAUAGAAACAUUGACCGAAGCUUUGCGGCUUGGCCCGUACGGAAGAUGCGUUUACGAUUGUGACAAUGAUGUGGUUAGCCACCAGGUGGUCAAUAUGGAAUUCGAAGGCGGGGCGACGGCUGCGUUCACGAUGGUCGCCUUUACUGAAAAACUCGGGGUGCGGACGACAACCAUUUAUGGAACGAAGGGCGAGCUGUCCUGCAAAGGGGAAGGAGAAGACGUGGAAGUUUUCGACUUCCUUCAGAAAAAAAGGUUCUCCUUUUCUUCCCGUACGACGCCCGACAUCCCUGCUUGUUUAAACGGUCACUGCGGCGCGGAUUAUUAUUUGAUCCACAACUUCGUCUCGGCCGUAUCGGAAAAUGACCCGUCUAGAAUUCCGACCAGCGCCGAAGAGACGCUCCGUUCUCACCUCUUGGUGUUCGCAGCCGAAAAAGCUCGGAGAGAAAACCGAGUGGUGGUUCUAGAAACAGGGCGGGAAAAUUCGCACUCGCAGCCACCUCACACGCACGGCAAAUGACUACGAAACCCAGCCCAGGAAGGACUGGCUCAAAGCACCCUUCCUCAACCUUUCUGCAGUGACUUUCCCUGCGACCACCGCACCUAUCGUCCACGCCACCCAGCGAGAACCUGAGACGGCCACCGCUGCGCUCUCAAAACGUCCCCGUUUCAGAAAAAUAGCAUUUUCCGUUUCUACGGAAAAUGCGCUUUCUCUGGAAAAGACUACCUUUUUGCCUGCGGCUACUGUGCUCAUUAAAAACUCUGCAGAAAAUUGAUAUUUAUUUACAAUUCCGCUAAAC